GCCCCCCCCGCCGCGUCCCGUCCCCCACGGGCGGAAGGGGCCGGGCCCGGCGUGACGUGGCGGGAUGGCGGAGCUCUACGUGAAGCCGGGGAACCAGGAGCGUGGCUGGAACGACCCUCCCCAGUUCUCCUACGGGCUGCAGGCGCAGGCCGGGGAUCCCAAGCGAAUCCCGCUCACCCGCCGGGCCCCCCCUCCGCCCACGGGAGCUCCCCCAGGUGCUCCUCCAGACCCGGCCGUUGCCCCUUCUGCCUCCGCUUCCAGCCCAGCGCCUCCUCCCCGGGCGCUGGGACCACCCCCCUUGGGGUCCAUCAGCCCUGCCCCGCGGGCAGAGAGCAGGGGGCCGAGUGCUGCAGCCUGCCCGGAGGAAUGCAGCCUGCCUGCCCAUGCCGUCCUCGGCCCGCUCAGAGAAGCCCUCGACUCCUGCCGCCCCUCGGUGUCGAAACAAGUGUGUGAUGACAUCGGGCGGCGGCUGACCGUGCUGGAGGAUGCAUGGGCUCAGGGAAAGCUGUCAGCCCCGGUGAGAAAGGGGAUGAGCCUCCUGGUGCAAGAGCUUCAGCAGCAGCACUGGGAUGCAGCUGAUGAGAUCCACCGCUCACUCAUGGUGGAUCAUGUGAACGAGGUGAGCCAGUGGCUGGUGGGUGUCAAGCGUCUGAUUGCUGAGACCAGGAGCCUGCCUGCUGCGGAGCUGCCUGCGGAGACACAGGAUGGCAGCGCUAAGCCUCCGGACGGCCAGAAGGAUUCCUGAUGUUAGGGGCAGGGCUGCAGACUGUGAGCACCUUACCCAGGGCCACCAGCAGAAGGGAACCCCCUCUGCCUCCCAGUCCUCGCCCAGGAAAAUGAGAUUUUAAUCACUGUAACAUUUUAGUGGCGAUUCACUACAUGAUGUUUAAUAAACAGCACUAACCUGCCCCUCGCCAUAGCCUGCCCUGGGGUUCUGGCA